AAAAUACGGAACCAAAUGUCGACCGUUACAACAGGCGAACCCCCCAGAUUUUCAAAAGAGUCCUCGCUCCACAACCUCGGCCCCAAACGAAGAACAGCACGAAAACCUCUGUGCAGAUGCUCAUGGCAGAGGAAGAGCUCUUGCAGGAGCUCAGGUCGAAGGCCACCGAGCUCUUUCUCCGCGAGCAGUGGGCCGAGUCGUCCGGCCUCUACUCCCAGCUCAUCGAUCGCUGCCGUGCCUGCCUCUCGACUGCAGACCGAGCCUUGGACCCGGACAGAUUCUCCAAGCUCCAGAAAUCCCUCUGCCUGGCCCUCGCCAACCGGGCCGACGCGAGUGUGAAGCUGAGAUCCCUCGACGAGGCGCUGAGGGACUGCGACGAGGCGCUCGCAAUCGAGGGCUCCCACUUCAGAGCCUUGGUCUGCAAGGGUAAGAUCUUGCUGAGCCUCGGCAAGUACUCAGCUGCCCUCGAGUGCUUCAAGUCGGCGGCUUCGCUGGUUCCUCAGGCGAACGGGAAUGCUGAGACUCUGAAUGUGUGGUUGGAGAAGUGCAAGAAGCUGGAGUAUCAAUCCCGGACCGGCAAUUUCGAUUUCUCCGACUGGGUCUCGGGCGGGUUCCGCGGAGAGAUUCCCGAGCUUGCGGAGUACAUCGGGCCGAUGCAGAUCAAGAAAUCGGAGAUCAGUGGGAGAGGGCUGUUCGCGACAAAGAACAUCGACGCCGGGACUGUGGUGCUGGUCACCAGAGCGAUCGCAAUAGAGAGAGGGAUCGUGAUGGGAGAGGAUUCGGGUUCGGGCGAGAACAAGCAGUUGGUCAUGUGGAAGAACUUCAUAGACAGAGUCGCGGGCUGUGUUUCAAAAUGCCGAAGAACCCGUCACCUGAUCAGCACUCUGUCUUCAGGGGAAGAUGAGGAGGGUCUUGAGGUUCCAGAUCUGAGCAUUUUCAGGUCAGAGGCAAGUGAGAGCCAUGACUGCCCAAAUGAGAAGCUUGACAUGAACAAGAUUUUGGGCAUUUUAGACGUGAACUCUCUAGUGGAGAAUGCGAAUUCAGCUAAGGUCAUGGGUAGGAACAAGGACUACUAUGGCGUCGGGCUGUGGUUCCUCGCUUCUUUCAUCAACCACUCGUGUUGUCCCAACGCGAGGAGGCUCCACGUGGGGAAUCACCUGAUGGUCAUCGCCUCUCGGGACGUCAAAGCCGGGGAAGAGCUCACGUUCGCCUACUUCGACGUGCUGCAGCCGCCCACAAAGCGCCGCGAGAUGGCGGCCACGUGGGGGUUCGAUUGCUCUUGCAAGAGGUGCGAGUUCGAGGAGAAGACGCGAUCGAAGCAAGAACUGAUGGACAUCGAGACGGGUCUCGAAGUCGGGAUGGAUGCGGGAGGAGUCGUGUACAGACUGGAGGAAGGCAUGAGGAGGUGGAACGUGAGGGGGAAAGAGAAGGGGUAUCUGAGGGCCUCGUUCUGGGCCGCGUACGGUGAGGCGUAUGCGUCCGAGAAGUCGGCGAAGAGGUGGGGUAGGCGGAUUCCGGCGGCGGAGGCGGUAGUGGACAGCAUCGCGGAAGCGACGGGGAGCGACGAUAGGGUGUUGAAGGUGCUGGUGGAGCAACUGGGCAGGAGCGGGAGCGGCGGCGGACUUGGUGGUGGGGCGACGUUGGAGAUGGAGAAGGCAUUGAAAUUGGGGAGGGGGAUAUAUGGGAAGGUGGUCAAGAAGCAAGCAUUGAGGGCUCUAAUUGAGCUUUGACAUUUUGGGAAUUAUCAAUGAAUUCAUUUUCUCCUGUUGUUCUUUCAUAUUUUUUGUCAUUUUUUCCCAACUGGCUAAUGUUGGAAAAAAGAGAUGUGAUUUGUUGAUUCAAAGUCUGCUCGAGCAAAAGUGCCAAAUUGAGAAUAAAUAAUUUCA